AUGGCCUACCUGCCAAUCGAUAACUUCUACAGGUCUCUUGGCCAAGCAAAAUCUCAGCUGUCGAGCUUUGCACAGGCGUCUUUGAAACAACGAGAUCAUUCUGACCACGCAACGGCGGACGUAGUCAGCUUGCUGUCAGGUUCGAAAGAUCCUGAUACGGGUGAGACUAUUGAUGACGAUGUUAUCCUCGCAGAGGCUACCGGAUUCAUCGCCGCUGGUAGUCACUCAACUGCUGUGACGAUGACGCUGUUCGUAGACGCCGUUGCGAGGAAUCACAACGUCCGUCAGCGACUCCAAGCAGAGCUUGAUGCCGCAUUUCCUGGUGACUUACCGGCGGACUGGGUCGCACCACGGGGUGUUGCAGCUGCGCUUCCUUAUCUCAUGGCAACUAUCCGCGAGUCACAGCGCAUGUUCCCAACAUCCUCGAUCGGGCUGGAGCGCGUUAUUCCGGAAGGCGGCAGAACGAUUUGCGGGCAGAGGCUGCCCGCUGGGACCUUGAUCAGCUCGCCGCUAGGCUGCGCACUUAAGGACCCACGUAUAUUCGACCAGCCGGACCAGUUUGAUCCUGAACGAUGGCUGGGUGCUGACAGCAAAGAAUUGAUGACACAUUUUCAUCCCUUUUCUCUUGGGCCGCGCGUGUGUCUAGGACGAGCAUUCGCGACCUAUGAAAUGGUGAAGACUCUGGCCACAUUCAUUCGACUCUUUGAUUUCGAGAGCGCGUCACCAAGUCCUCCGCAGCGCAGUGAGGGCUUCUUUCCUUUGCAGUCAAGGUCUUUCGGGGCCUCCACCUUAUCUGGCGGUGCAGAUAGUCAAGAACGAUUCAUUAAUGGUGCGGUGUCCACGCCCGCAGUCGACCCCAGAGCCUCCACCAGCGUUUCCGACGCCGAAGACUUGGGCCUCGUCGGGAGCACAAACACUCCGCGAUUGAAUAGAAUGGAUCAUGAGCUCUCCACAUCAGAGGCAUGCAGGGAUCCGGUGACCAGCGCAGUGGCUGUUGUUCCAGACACUCUUGGGACAAAGGACGAUUUCUCUUGGCAAGACCUUCCAGAAUUCCAUUACGUGAUGGACCUGGAUAACAAUCUCGUCAGAGGCAACUCGGCCAUGGACAACCUGAAUUCAGAUCUGGAACCAAACUUCUUCGCGCUGGACACGGCGCCUGAAGCAGCUUUGUACGGACUUUACAUGGUAUCGACAGACGUCUUCGAUCUGGCGCAACCGUUUGACAACCCCGAAAUCGGCAAUACCAGCGACCUUGUCGACAUAUGUAUGGACUCGCGCUUAAACGCUCGAAGCGCCGACAAUCUCCAGCCAGAGCGCAUAAAGCACCCAGAGAUCGUCCCCGAGUUGCCGCGUUGGAGCAUUUGCAAGUGCACACCAGUGCAGCACUUUACCCUUGCGGAAGACAUCGAGAUUGAGGCAUUUACUCCGUCGGACUUGCUCUCGCUCGAGGGGCCGUGGAGCGAUUCCAUCGAAGAAUGGAGAACACAAACGUUCCAGAAAUACGAGCGCAUCGUGCAGGUUGAUCUGACCGAAGAGACAAGAGAAUGGAUGUUAGUCGUUCUCCAGGAUUUGUUGCGACUUAGUCAAGAUCUUUGCGGCACCGAUCUUGACACAGACAUGUUCGUGCCAGCUCUGAUACCGAAGAAACGUCCCACAGCUCGACGAGCAAAGACUUUCAUGUUGCUGCCUCCGAGCCAGUCCCUGCGGAGGUACUUAGAGAUCUACCUCACUACCUUUGAGCCAUUCACACCAUCAAUCCCGGCACUUUCACUCAAUCCAAACAAGCUGGCCACAAGCAGUAAUGAGAGGGGCGCGACGACGCUUCUGCUUUUGAUGGUUGCCCUCGGGGCCAUGCUAGAUCCCGCUCUUAAAGCAAGAUCAUUCUCCACCGUCCUCCUAGGAAUUUGCCAACAUGCGAUACUGGAUGGGAUUGGAAGAGAAAGUGGUGCAGUCAGACGCAGCCUUGUGCUUCACUGCGCCCUUGUCUACAUCUCUGGUGCGGCAUUCAGCGGCAGUCGGCUGCACAUGGAUUUAUCGACGUGUCAGAGGCCAAUGUUCAUUGGGGCAAGUUACUAUUUCCUAUACCAUGACUCUCGAGCGUUGCCAUUCGCGCCCUCCGCGCGUCAUCAUGCAGAUUUCUUCACCAACACGGCGUCUCUCGUUCAUACUGACCGUCUGCUUCAGAUGAUAAAGCAGGCAGACUUUUUCAGCCCGACGCCGUUGGCCAACAGCGUCGCACAGGAUUGUCAUAACAAGUUUGAUACCGUGUGGGAGCGGUGGAUAGAUCGUGAAAACGUGUCUAGACUGGCCUAUCUGUGGGUAAUUGCAGAUUUGGAAAUCAGCCUCUUCUAUGAGACUCCUCUUAGCAUGAGUGUCACUGAUUUACAGGCUUCGCUUCCCUCCUCAGAGCAUCUAUGGCUGGCCCCAAGUGCGGCAGCAUGGAGAGCAUGCUUUACAACCUCUGCUACGGGAGAUGCCGAAGCUGUAGCCCAAUAUCUGCAAAAGCCGCGGCUCGGUCUUGAUCAGCUCUUCUCGCUAUUCUUACAGGAUCUGAUUGAUGUGAAGGAGAACGAUCUUCAACCACUACAUCUACGGCUCCUCCUGUAUCCAAUCCACGGCCUAGUAUCUCAGGCACGCCAGGCUUUGAGACUCGUCCCAAGAGAUUCGCACGCGACCUUCUCCAGCAUUGCACAUUCUCUAGCAGCGCAGGCUGCAAGGGUCACUGAAGUUCAAAGCAUUCUUCAUCGUUGGUACAGAUUGUAUUGUGAGGUACACCCACGCGGCGUGCGAGAACAGGCUGUCAAGGACGCGGCUUUGAUUACAUAUCACCUGAUCAGCCUGAACGUAUACGUUUCAUUCAGCGACCUCGAAGGAUUUAUUCGCGAGAGCACAGUGGAGCCCAGAGCCACAAGCGUCCUCCAGAGAGGUUGGAUACAAGAUGCCGAGCACGCAGUAUUUCAUUGUGGCCAGAUACUGCGACUGGUGCGUUGUGGAGAUGUCAAGUUACGUCCGGUCUGGUGGAGCGCCGCUGUCUAUCGCGUCACUAUAGUCUUGCACAGCUUGAGUAUAGGCAAGAUGUUCAAAGAGGUAAAUUCGCAACCAGCAAUGAAUCAGGCGAACAAUCAGGUGGAUGUUGUCCUCGACAAGUUGGAGCCAGACGAUCCAAUUCUGCAGCAAUUCCUUUGCACCAAGACGGGAAUACCAUGCGUCACUUCAACGAAUGGCCUUCUUGUGCCACUCUGCGAAGACCCGCAUUCCGUUCAGCAAGCCUGCACUGACACUCUUGACGGAGGGUCGAGGACCUCGCGACUCACAGAAGGAAUACGUGUGAAGCUCGAGGCGACCAGCCGACGUUGGCACGGACCUAGGUGA